UCCCCUCUACCCACCCCGGCGGAAGUCCGGGCCGCCAUCCCUCGUGGCUGAUCGCAGGCAUGGCGCACUACAACUUCAAAAAGAUCACGGUGGUGCCGUCCGCCAAGGACUUUAUUGAUUUAACAUUGUCGAAGACUCAACGAAAGACUCCAACAGUUAUCCAUAAACAUUAUCAAAUCCAUCGCAUUAGACACUUUUAUAUGAGGAAAGUUAAAUUUACUCAGCAGAAUUACCAUGACAGACUCUCACAGAUUCUGACGGAUUUCCCCAAAUUGGAUGAUAUUCAUCCAUUUUAUGCUGAUUUGAUGAACAUUCUGUAUGACAAGGAUCAUUACAAGUUGGCUCUAGGACAAAUAAAUAUCGCCAAAAAUUUAGUGGACAAUGUUGCUAAAGAUUACGUGCGGCUUAUGAAAUACGGUGAUUCUCUCUACCGCUGCAAGCAGCUGAAACGUGCGGCCCUUGGGCGCAUGUGUACUAUUAUCAGAAGACAGAAGCAGAGUUUGGAAUAUUUGGAACAAGUGCGUCAGCAUCUGUCCCGUCUGCCGACCAUUGACCCGAAUACAAGGACCCUGCUUCUGUGUGGGUACCCGAAUGUCGGCAAGUCCAGCUUCAUCAAUAAGGUGACGAGAGCAGAUGUGGACGUCCAGCCCUAUGCCUUUACCACCAAGUCUCUGUUUGUUGGGCACAUGGAUUACAAGUAUCUGCGCUGGCAGGUGGUGGAUACUCCGGGGAUCCUGGACCACCCUCUGGAGGAUCGCAACACCAUUGAGAUGCAAGCCAUCACUGCACUGGCUCACCUGCGAGCCGCGGUUCUCUACGUGAUGGAUUUGUCUGAGCAGUGUGGGCACGGACUCGGGGAGCAGCUGGAGCUCUUCCAGAACAUCAGGCCGCUCUUUGUCAACAAGCCUCUUAUCAUUGUAGCAAACAAAUGUGACGUGAAGAGAAUAGCUGAACUUUCUGAGGAUGAUCAGAAAAUAUUUCUAGAUCUGCAGGCUGAAGGGUUUUCUGUUGUGGAGACCAGCACCCUGACGGAGGAAGGGGUUAUUAAAGUGAAGACAGAGGCUUGUGACAGGCUUUUGGCUCAUCGAGUUGAAACCAAAAUGAAAGGAAAUAAAGUGAACGAGGUGCUGAACAGACUGCAUUUGGCUGUUCCCAGCAGAAGAGAUGACAAGGAGCGGCCCCCAUUCAUCCCUGAAGGAGUCGUGGCACGCAGAAAGAGAAUGGAGCUUGGGGAGCCGAAGAGGAGGCGGGAACGGGACAUUGAGCUGGAAAUGGGAGAUGAUUAUAUUCUGGAUCUUCAAAAGUACUGGGAUAUAAUGAAUUCAUCUGAGAAACAUGAUAAGAUACCUGAGAUCUGGGAAGGCCAUAACAUAGCCGACUAUAUUGAUCCUGACAUCAUGCAGAAAUUGGAAGAGUUGGAAAAAGAAGAAGAGCUAAGAACAGCUGCUGGAGUGUAUGACAGUGAAUCUGAAACUGAAGAUGAAGAAAUGGCGGAAAUCCAACAGCUGGCAAAACAGAUUAGGGAAAAAAAGAAGUUGAAGAUUCUGCAGUCCAGAGAGAAGGACACACAGGGACCCAGGAUGCCUCGGACAGCCAAGAAGGUUCAGCGGAAGGUUUUGGAGGAUGAGAUGCGCAGUCUUGGUGUCGACAUGGACAACAAAGACAACGCCCAUUAUGUGGUCCAGGCCAGAAGGGCUCGGAGCGUCACACGGAAAAGGAAGCGGGAAGACUCUGUCCCACCCACGUCUGUGGCCCGGAUUCGCAGUUGCUCUCGGACCCCACGUGAUGUCUCUGGUCUCCGGGAUGUCAAGAUGGUGAAGAAAGCCAAGACCAUGAUGAAGAAUGCUCAGAAGAAGAUGAAUCGCUUGGGGAGGAAAGGGGAGGCAGACAGACAUGUGUUUGACAUGAAACCCAAGCACCUGCUCUCGGGAAAGAGGAAAGCUGGUAAAAAGGACAGGAGAUAGUGUCUAUCGUAGCUGAAGCGCUUUGGCUCGACUUCUUCCUGGUUUGGUUUCACAGAAUUGGAGUCGGACUUCUUCCUGGUUUGGUUUCACAGAAUUGGAGUCGUGAUCUGUAAACUGAACGUGACAAUGGAAUAACUCAAGCACUUGUUGUUUGGCUGAAAGCUGUGGUUACUCGAUAACUGUCCAGGUGUGGGGGAUUUUUAUCGCUGCAUAAUAUUACAGAUAUUUUGAGCAGGCAGUGGUUUCUCAUUUAUGGAGUUUUGGUUGCUUCAGACUUGCAGGGCUGGAAGGAUAUAUUUAUGUGACUACAUUGUUUUUGAUGGAGAAAAAUCUUACUCUCUUGUGCAACAGGGAACUUUGGUUUCACUGCAUGUGAAGAGUCCUUAGCUGGUGAAAGCUUACAGAUGUCAGGAUGCCAGGACUAAGUUAUCUUCUAGUCCUUUUGUACGAUGUACUGUCUUCAACUAUUUUAUCCAAAAUAAACUUCAAAAGAAAGCAGUUUUA